AACAAUAAUAAUAUCAAGAUGAAUGAACUAUCUCCAAUACAUAUCCAUUUAGCAUUAACAAAUAAAAAUGAUGAAAUGAUGGUAUCUUGGAUAACAAAAGGCAAAAUUAACCAACCAAUAGUUUAUAUAUUUAAAGGCGAUUGCAGCGUAGUUUUAAAUUCAAAUAAAGAAAAUUUUAAGGAACUAUUAAAUAACGAUUUCAACAUAUCAAUAGGAAAAACAAACACAUAUAAUAAUUUUGAAGGCUAUAUACAUAAUGUAAUAGUCAAUAAUUUGGAAUUUGGCAAAACAUAUUGCUAUUCAGUCGGUAGUGGCGAAUUAAUAAGACCAGAUUUUGGUAGCAUUCAAAAUAGCAAUAGUAAUAACAACAAUAGCAAUGAAAUUUCUAGAUGGAGCAAAUGGCGAACAUUCAAAACCGAACCAAAAGAAAUUGAUCAUGUAACAUGGGGUGCAUUUGCAGACAGUGGAACAUGGGGUGACGUACAUCAAGUAGUUGAAGCAAUGAGCAAAGAUGAUUCAUUGACAUUAGCAAUUCAUGGUGGUGAUUUGUCAUAUGGCUUAAAAGAAGAAGUCUGGGAUACAUUUGGGGAUAUUGUUGAACCACUAACAUCAAGACUUCCAUUCAUGGUGAUUCCUGGUAACUGGGAUGUCAAAGAAGGUGCAUUAUUACCAUUUAUGAACCGUUAUAAAAUGCCAUUAGUCUAUCAACAACCUACAAUCGAUAUUAAAGUAGAUGAAGAUGAUGAUACUAAAAUGCAACUCAAAAGUUUUCCCAAUCUUUAUUACUCCUUCACCUAUACACACGUUUACUUUAUAAUGCUAUCAUCAUAUGACCCAUAUCAAAUAGGUACUCAACAAUAUAAAUGGUUAGUCAAAGAAUUGGAAUAUGCCAACAGCGUUCGUUCAAAAUAUCCAUGGUUGAUAGUAGUCGCUCAUAGCCCAAUGUACUCAUCAUCAACAGGCCAUGGAGGUAGUGACACAAAUGUACGUAAUCAAUUAGAAACUCUUUUCCAAAUCUACAGUGUCAAUUUGGUUUUCUCUGGCCAUGAUCAUGGCUAUGAACGUACAUACCCAGUCUAUAACGAAAAGGUAUUAAAAAAACACAUUUACGAAUAUAAAAGCAAGGAUGGAACCAUUCAUAUAUUAGGUGGUACAGGAGGUGCUACAGCAGAUCCAUGGUUUGAUGAACAACCCAAAUGGUCAGCAAUUAGAGAAUCAAGCUCGGGCUACACCAAAUUUAUAGCCCAUAAACAAUCAUUACAAGUAACCUAUAUCCGUAUGAAUGGUACAAUGGGUGACCAUUUCCAAAUUACAAAUGACUACCCAACUAUUGACCCAAUUAAACCAAAAAAAACCAUGGUAGUUAGCAGCUCCGAACAUACAGGUAUCCUAUUAUUAUUUUUUGCUCUAUUAAUUUUCGUUUUCCCACUUUGUGCAUAUUACAAAAUUCCAAGUUUAAUUUUUCAAUCACUAGUUCCAAAA